AAAGACAGACUGUUUCUUUCAACAAAUGUAUAUUUUUUGUCAGCUUUUGUAAUUUAACCAUUUGAUUCCUUCAUUAGAAUCCACCAAAAACAUUUCUUCUUCUUCUUCUUAUUCUAAAACUAAAAAAAACUCAUUCAAGAAAAAAAUAAUUAAAUCAUGGCUAUUGGAUUUUUAGAAGUUCAUCUUCUGAAUGCAAAAGGCCUCAGAGGCACUGAUUUUCUUGGUAAGACAGACCCGUAUGUUGUAAUACAAUACAAGAGCCAGGAGCAAACGAGCAGUGUAGCCAGAGAUGAAGGUGGAUGUCCAAUAUGGAAUGAGAAACUGAUAUUCAAGGUGGAAUAUCCAAGUCAAGUUCAUGACUACAAGCUUAUCUUCAAGAUCAUGGAUCACGACACAUUCUCUGCCGAUGAUUUCAUCGGGCAAGCAACGAUAUAUGUGAAGGAUUUGUUGGAAUUAGGAGUCGAAAAUGGAGCUUCCGAACUACAAUCUCGCAAGUAUUGUGUGGUUCAAGAAGACAAUUCUUACUGUGGAGAGAUUCAAGUUGGUAUCAAAUUUACCCUCAAGGUGGAAGAGGGCAAUGGUGAAGAAGAAUAUGGUGGGUGGAAGCAGAGUUAUGAUGACUAGGCUCUAAAUGCAAAUUUUGGUAUUUCUUUUGUUUUGUAAUAUAUGAAAAAAUUGAGGAUUGCUAUGAAACUAAUUCCUUAUUUAUUAGGGUUUUGUUUUAUCUUUGUUGUCUUAUUUUGGUGGAUUAAGAGAGAUGAGUAUACAUUAAAAUGAAUGAAAUGAUUGUUUAGAGUACUCUCUUAAA